AUGACACUCGAGGAUGACCAAGGGAGAUGGUCUGGUUUGCUCCGGGUCAUGGAUGAUGAUGCGGUCAUUGAAAGUGGGCAGACGAUUCAACUCGUUGCCAUAUCAAAGGGCAGUACUAGUCGCCGUGAAGCCGCCCAGACUUAUGAAGUCUACGUCGACAACUGUGGGUACUACAAUGCCGGAAAUGUCCAAUACCAAUUCGAGUCCGUUGCCAGCACUUGGAGAAUAUCCGAAGAGUCCAUUGAUGAUGCAAUAGGCUCGGCAGUGCCCUCUCAAAAAGAGAGGUCUCACACCACCUGUGUGGGAAGCGAAAAUGAAAAGACCACACCGGAUCUGGGGAAGCUCAACUCUAAAAAUGUCGAGUCUCGCAAACUUUCGGGAUGGGGGGAUGAGAUCUACUUCUUUUACAAUGUUCUCUGGGUAGAGACCAUUGACGGUGUCAUGUAUAGGAAAGCGGCCGGACGUAUCCCCGAGGACAUCUGGGAGCAGACUUGUGGUAUCCCACAGAGAAUAGUACUUGGAUAA